AGCUGGUCUGCCAUUAUUUCAUGAACAUGGUCCUCUGUCACCACUGAAAUAUUUUUAUAAUAAUUUAUAGCAAACAUAUAAAGAUGCACAUUCCUUACUUCCUUUUAAUUUCAGCAUUGCUGAUGAUCGCUGAUGGUGGGUUCACAGUGAAGGGUUCUUCAGGUCCUCUGGUUGUUCCUCUGGGAGGUUCAGUGGUUCUGCCCUGUUCUGUUGAUUCACUCUUACCACUGGAUGAUCUGGAGGUGGAAUGGAAAAGAACGGGCACACAAACUUUAAUUCAUCUCUAUCAAGAUGAAGAUAUCAGACCAGAGUCUCAACAUCAGGAUUAUCAUGAUAGAGCUCAUUUCUUCACUGAAGACAUUAAACAUGGAAACUUCUCCCUCCUGUUGAACAAUCUGACAGCUGAAGAUGAGGGACAAUACACAUGUAAAGUUUACAAUGGACGAAAGGCUAAUGAAACUGUAAUAGAAAUUAAAGAUGUUGUACGUUUUAUGGUAUCAGGAUCGAGUCGCUCCAUAUCUGCGUAUGUGGGUGGUGACGUCACUCUGAGCUGCUCUGUGGACUCUCACAUCAAACCUGAAGAGAUUGAAGAGGUUUCAUGGAAGAAAAGAGAUAAAGAUAGAGAAAUCCUGGUUCUGCUCUAUCACAACAAGGUUUUACCAGAUGCAUCAGAUGAUCGAUACAGAGACAGAGUUGAGUUCUUCAUUGAUGAAAUCCACAGAGGAAACUUCUCUCUCAGACUGAAGAGAGUCAGAACCGAAGAUAAAGGAGUUUACAUCUGUCAAGUGUUUACUGGACGACUUUCAGUCAACACAACUGUAAUACUGGAAAGACUGGGUUUCUCUGGUUUACACAUAAUGGUGUUGAUUCUGUGUAUUACUGCAUGUGGAUCUGCUCUUCUGUUCUGCUCUUUCAUCUACUGCAGAGUAAAAUCAGGGUUCUAUGCGCAGUGUGAUUAUGUACGAGUCAUUCCAGGACAUUCAGCGGUUCUGCCCUGUUUUAUUGAUCCACAAUUGAUAAAGAAAGGACUGAAAGUGGAAUGGAGAAGAUCAGACUUGAAGAGUCCAGUGUGUGUGUAUGAAGAUGGAGAUGUCAGGAACCAUCAGGAUUAUCAUGAUAGAGUUAAUUUCUUCACUGAAGACAUUAAACAUGGUAACCUCUCCAUCCUGAUGAAGAAUGUAACCACUGAAGAUACGGGGAAAUACUCAUGUAAAGUUUACAGACAAAAGGAUGUUUCCAUUGUGUUUUUGGAACGUAUUAGACAAAUUUCAGGGAUCCAUGUGAUUUAUGCUUGUCCGGAUGUUCCUCUGGGAAGUUCAGUGGUUUUGCCCUGUUUCAUUGAUCCACAUUUCAUGACAGAGGGUAUAAAGGUAAUAUGGAGAAAAUCAGAAUUGCAGGAUCCAGUGUGUGUGUAUCAAGAUGGAAAUAUCAGGAAUCAUCAGGAUUAUAAUGAUAGCGCUCAGUUCUUCACUGAAGACAUUAAAACUGGAAACUUCUCCCUCUUGGUGAAGAAUGUGAGAGCUAAAGAUGUAUACCAAUGUGAAGUUAAAAAUGGAUUGGAUUUAAGCCUUGUAUCAGGCUUCGUAUUACCUAAACGAACUGAUUCAUUUCUUCGUCCACAUUUGUUGCUGAUCUUCAGUCCAAAUCUCAUCAUGUUCUUCGCUUUCAUCUUCUGGGGUCUUUCUGAAGGAUCUGUAAAUGAGACGAUCUGCUGUUGUGCCCUUUAUUUUCUCAGACCGCUCACAUUAUUCUGGGCGCUGCCAUAUAAAAAUUUGAUUACAGAUCAAAUUAAAAAGCGGUUUUUGAUUGACUCUUAUGAUGUGGGAUAUGUGCUUUUCUCAGUUGUUGUUUGUUCAGUUAUUUUUAAAGAUGCCUGGGAAAAACAUCUAAGUCAUGCUGGAUUUGACAGUAUUGUAAUAUUGAUACUUUUUGUAAUAGUGCUGAUCUACGUCGUCAGCUUUAUCAUUUACAUGUUGGCUACGAUUGCUUGGAAACAAAUCAGCUGGAUUACUUAUAUGUUUAUUGGUCUGUUUGGGAUAAUCACUAAUGUUCUGCCUGCAAUACAAUUAAUCUUUGUGUUCUACAUGUUUGGAUCGAUCAGAGGAGAUUUCUUGGUUGUUGCAAUUUUACCCUUGAUGAUAACAACCACCAGAUUUAAUUGGAACAUUACAUGUGGGCACGUGAUGGGCUGUUCACUUUUGGGGACUAGAUUGAUGUGGUUCAUUUUUUCGUUACUGACGAAUACAAUACUGAUGUGUUUCUACAUCAUGGCACUGGAUUAUGAAAAAGAUGGUAUUGCAUGGGCCAGUGUCUUUGGUUAUGCGCACGUAGUAUGGACAGUUGUGAACUUUGCAACAUCAUUUUAUGAUUGGGAUUAUCCUUUUGUCAUCUCUGCGUAUGUGUUUGGAUCAGUUGGGGUUGUUUUAAUCAGCGCUGUUGCUCUGAUGACUGAACUGAUACUGAAAACAGUUAAUGGUGAAGGUCCAAUGGGGGAUUUGAGGACUGUUGUGUUUAUUUCUGAAAGUCUCUUUAUCAUAUCUUUGCUGAUUUUGAUAGUAUUUGAACCAUGGAUCAAAGCUCGUCAGCGGCUUCAUCAGGAUUUAAACACACAGACUCAGGAGCUGUUGAACUUAAGUAUCGCAAUGGAUGUUGCUUUAAUGAACAGAGUAUUGAAGAGACCGAAUGCAGUAUGCUCUGGUGAAACUCCAAACAAUCAAUCUUGUCAUUAUCAGAACACAGCAGAAUCUCAUGAACUGCAUCCUCUACUGAAUACACAACAGACUGACAGGAGAACAGACACAGAAGAAAUUCAACUUGAUUCAGUGAAAUCACAAACAUAAUCAACACUAAGAGAAAAACAUUCACAAACACUUUAUUAGAUCAAACCCUCAUCAGUUCUGACAGUUCAGUCUUAUUCUUCAUGUAUAAUGUUGAUAGUUCUGCACUGUAAGGCUCAGCUAAAGCCAUGCAGGUCUUAGUUUUAUAAACACACAUCAGUUUCUAAGGGAUAUCUUGAGACAAAUUUUAAGAUCUGUCAGUGCAAGUUAUUUUCAGUUGAGGCAGAGGGGGCAGCCGGAAAUUUUGUUUUUUUGAGGGGAAUGUUGCUACCUUAUCUCAUCGGCAAGUCGUGUUAUUGCCACAAAAUAUUAGAUUUUAUUUAUGUUAUUGACACGAUUUUCCGCUGUUUUUCGUGCCACUGGAGAACAAUUUUUUUCUUGUCACCCAGCACGAAUUUAUAUUAAUGGUUGUUUGUGUCUGUGGCACGACUUUCUUCAUCGUGUCAUUUUAUUUUAUUUUUUGAUCGUUUUUUCCUAUUUUUAAAUCAUUGGCUUGGGGUUUGGGUUAGAUUCGGGGUUUGUGUUAGGAUGCAAUUUUAUGUGGUUUCUACAUGUUUUUCUUCCACUUUUAAAACUAUUCUCGCCUGGAGUUGGGGUUUGGGUUAGGAUGUCGCAGAAAGUGAUUCUA